AUGGAGAGGCAGAGAGGUUCCCCAUUUUCUAAAUGUAUUAAUCAGCUGCCCAUACCUGUCAAAUUCAAGAUGCCAACAUGGAAGAUGUACACUGGACUGGAGGACCCAAUAUCCCAUGUUCACAACUUUGAGCUGCAGACUAAUCUACAUGGGGUUUGGGAUGAUGCCAGGUGUAGGAUCUUCCCAGCCACCCUGUCAGAAAUCGCCCAGGAAUGGUUUUUCAAGCUACAACCAGAGUCAAUUACAUCAUGGGAUGGAUUUGUACGCAUAUUCUAUUCCCAAUUUUCUUCGGCAAUGCCCCUUCCGGCCGAGCCGAAUGACCUGGUGGACAGAAAACAAAGAGAUAAUGAACCUUUGAAGGACUACAUUCAACGUUUUAUGUGGGAAGUCACUAGAGUGAAAUCCCUUAAUGAUGACGGUAAAUUGAUAGCCAUCAAUUCAGGAAUCAAAGUAAAGAAUCUAUUCUGGAGCAGUUUGAAAAGGAAGUUUGCACGAACCACCCAGGAGUUCCUUGAUCGGGCAGAGGAAUUCAUCAAGCUUGAAGAAGUCGAGCGAAAGGUAGAUAAUUUAGCUCAAACAACUGCUGAGCAGGGGAAAACAAAUGCUGGGAAUACCACCAACCCGGCAGAGGGAGGUAAGAAUGGGGCUAAGAACGGUAAACACAGUAAUGGGGCUGGAAGUAGCGAUAACCAGAAAAACAAUAAGAAACCUAAGACUACCGAGCAGCCCAAACCACGAGAAUAUAUCCCUAAGUUUACUACUUACUCUAUAACGCCCUAA